AUGCCUUUGGAGAUGGAGCCCAAAAUGAGCAAGCUUGCCUUCGGGUGCCAGAGGAGCUCCACAUCUGACGACGACUCUGGCUGUGCCCUGGAGGAGUAUGCCUGGGUGCCCCCAGGCCUGCGGCCAGAGCAGAUCCAGCUCUAUUUUGCUUGCUUACCAGAGGAAAAGGUUCCUUAUGUUAACAGCCCUGGAGAGAAACAUCGAAUUAAACAGCUCUUGUACCAGUUGCCGCCACAUGAUAAUGAGGUGCGGUAUUGCCAGUCGCUGAGUGAAGAGGAGAAGAAAGAAUUGCAGGUGUUCAGUGCUCAAAGGAAGAAAGAAGCACUAGGAAGAGGAACGAUUAAACUUUUGUCCAGAGCAGUGAUGCACGCCGUGUGCGAACAGUGUGGGUUGAAGAUAAAUGGAGGUGAAAUUGCAGUGUUUGCCUCUCGUGCGGGCCCUGGAGUGUGUUGGCACCCUUCCUGUUUUGUCUGCUACACGUGCAACGAGCUGCUGGUCGACCUCAUCUAUUUUUAUCAGGAUGGAAAAAUUCACUGUGGCAGGCACCAUGCUGAACUGCUCAAACCACGGUGUUCAGCAUGUGAUGAGAUAAUUUUUGCUGAUGAGUGCACAGAAGCUGAGGGUCGCCAUUGGCACAUGAAACACUUCUGCUGCCUUGAGUGUGAAACGGUCCUGGGGGGACAGAGAUACAUCAUGAAGGAUGGCCGCCCAUUCUGCUGCGGCUGUUUUGAGUCUCUCUAUGCAGAGUACUGUGAGACCUGUGGGGAGCACAUCGGUGUCGACCAUGCACAGAUGACCUAUGAUGGGCAGCACUGGCAUGCUACAGAAGCCUGCUUUUCUUGUGCCCAGUGUAAAGCUUCUUUGUUGGGGUGUCCCUUCCUUCCCAAACAAGGUCAGAUUUAUUGCUCAAAAACAUGCAGCCUUGGUGAAGACGUCCAUGCCUCUGACUCUUCUGACUCUGCAUUUCAGUCAGCUCGAUCAAGAGACUCUAGAAGAAGUGUCCGGAUGGGCAAGAGCAGUCGGUCAGCAGAUCAGUGUAGACAGUCUCUUCUUUUGUCGCCUGCUCUAAACUACAAGUUUCCUGGCCUAUCAGGCAAUGCUGACGACACCCUUUCUCGGAAAUUGGAGGAUCUGAGUCUCGCCAGGCAGGGAGGUUUCGUCAAUGAAGAAUUUUGGAAAGGCAGAGUGGAGCACGAAACCCCAGAAGACCCUGAAGAAUGGGCUGAGCAUGAAGAUUAUAUGACGCAGCUCCUCCUCAAGUUUGGUGAUAAAAGCCUCUUUCAGCAGCCGCCCAGUGAGCUAGAUAUACGAGCCAGUGAGCACUGGAUAUCUGAUAACAUGGUUAAAAAUAAGACUGAGUUAAAGCAAAAUAACCAGAGCCUUGCAAGUAAAAAAUACCAGUCUGAUAUGUAUUGGGCACAGUCACAAGAUGGACUAGGCGAUUCUGCUUAUGGCAGCCACCCAGGCCCUGCAAGCAGUAGAAGGCUCCAGGAAUUGGAUCUGGACCAUGGGGCUUCAGGCUAUAAUCACGAUCAAACACACUGGUAUGAAGAUUCCCUGGAGUGUUUGUCAGACUUGAAACCAGAGCAAAGUGUUCGAGAUUCUAUGGAUUCUUUGGCUUUAUCUAAUAUCACAGGGGCUUCAGUGGAUGGAGAAAGCAAGCCAAGACCCUCAUUAUAUUCCCUGCAAAACUUUGAGGAAAUGGAGGCAGAAGAUUGUGAGAAAAUGAGCAAUAUGGGGACUUUGAACUCUUCCAUGUUGCACAGGAGCGCAGAGUCCUUGAAGAGUCUAAGUUCAGAGUUGUGUCCAGAAAAAAUCAUGCCUGAGGAGAAACCAGUAGUACAUCUGCCAGUAUUGAGAAGAUCCAAGUCUCAAUCCAGACCACAGCAGGUCAAGUUUUCAGAUGACGUCAUUGACAAUGGAAACUAUGACAACAUUGAAAUCCGGCAGCCUCCGAUGAGUGAAAGGACUCGAAGACGGGUCUACCAUUUUGAAGAGAGGGGAUCCCGGUCUCAUCACCAUCGCCGCAGGAGAAGUAGGAAGUCCCGCUCUGACAAUGCCCUGAAUCUGGUCACAGAAAGAAAAUACUCUCCCAAGGACAGACUGCGGCUUUACACCCCUGAUAACUACGAGAAAUUUAUACAGAAUAAAAGUGCCCGGGAAAUCCAAGCAUACAUCCAGAAUGCUGAUCUGUAUGGACAGUACGCCCAUGCCACCUCCGAUUACGCACUGCAGAACCCAGGAGUGCCUAGGUUUCUGGGACUCUACGGUGAGGACGAUGAUUCCUGGUGCUCCUCCACCUCCUCCUCCUCCGACUCAGAAGAAGAAGGAUAUUUUCUUGGACAACCAAUUCCUCAACCCCGGCCACAGAGAUACGCCUACUAUACAGAUGACCUUUCGAGCCCAACUUCUGCACUCCCCACUCCUCAGUUUGGUCAGAGGACAACUAAAUCCAAGAAGAAAAAGGGACACAAGGGCAAAAACUGUAUUAUUUCUUAA